GUGUAGCAACUUCCUCUUUCCUACUCAACGCCUCUCAACUAAACCGGACGUAGACCACAUACGUACGUAGAUCAGUAGCGUCGCUCAGGGCCACCCACAUAUCACCCACACAUCCUUUGACUGUACCAACUUGAAUUCUUAUCUCUACCGAAGCCUUUUUCCAUAAUAGAGUUUAAUGAGCAGUGGUCGCGGAGUGAGCGUCGUCUGGCCGGACGAGAUAAACCACGGUCAGGGCUGCAGGGCUGUGGCACAAAAUGGCGAUCCCGGUGAGAGUGUAUAAAAGUUGGUGCGGAACAGACGUGCAGUAGCACGGAAGAAAACAGCCCGAUACUUUGACAUGCAUCUUCUCGCAGCAAUCGGCUUCGCACUGAUCGCAGCGGCCUCGUGCCAGCUGCCGUGCAAUAGUCAACUGCGACUUUUGCCUGCUUUUGAAAACCUCUUCUCCCACUGCGAGUGCUCCUAUAGCCAGUGGAGCGAAUGGAAAGUAGUCAGCGGCAGCUCUACACCGGUACCCAACUCACAAUGUGAGAGUGGACAUGUGAUAACAGAAGAAAGGGUGCAGAGUGUACUUUCCGGAAUGUGCGACGAAAAAAAGGAGACGAGGACUAUAUGCGAGCCUAAUUUGGUGGAUCAGAUUAUCAUGGCGCUUGGGCUAGGCAGCAUGGGACAAAUGGUUACUCCAGGCGCACCAGGAUUGAUCAAUCCAUCGUUCAGGCUAGGUCAACCAUCAAACAGCUUAAGCGUCCGUCCUGGCAGUCCCGGUAGUCCCGGUGUCCCCCAACCUCUCGUUUACGAACCUCUCGCGUUGACCACCCAAUGCGACGACACGCGCAAAGUGUGUCAACACGUCACCGUCCCUCACGGUAAACGUUCUGUGCGGGAGGAAUUGAAGCGACCAAUCAAUAGGCAACGGCGCGCAACCGUGGAGCCUGAGCCCCUCCCUUUCAAGCCAACAAAGUUCAACGUUAAGGAGCAUGGACAUCGCUACAGGCGCCAGACACGUUGUGGAGCAACCAGUACUCAGUACAUUCUCUUCGUGUUGGACAGUUCAGGGAGCGUCAAACUUAACGACUUCAAUAGAGUGACCGCCGUCCUCAGCGAGCUGGUUCUCUUUCUUCUGUAGUCCGAUAAAAGUGGCAGUGAUGACGUUCGACCACGAGUACUUCGUUGAGUUCUGUUUCGACUGCUUCGACAACACAUGCGGAGGACGAGUCGAUGCUCGGGACGCUAUCAAAACCAUCGACUACAGAUACGGUCGUUCUGGGACUCGCUGGACCCACACAGCCGGAGCCGCGCGGUGCGUCUGCGACUUCAUGCUUACUCAAACUUGUGGUGUUCCUGUUGCCUCGGACUGCAUCGACGUUGUUUUCAUCACCGACGGAAGAUCCAACGAUCCAAAUCUGAACGUCUGCAAUGAGAUUGCGUGCCUCCACAACCGUUACGGCGUCACAACGUAUGCAAUCGGAAUCGGAAACGCUUACGAUCCAGAGCUUGAAUGCAUUAGUAACGCAGAUCCAAACUCCUUCCAUCUGUUUAACUUUUUGGAUUUCGAUGAAUUCGAGGAUACCUUUCAAGAGCUGGUUGAUACGCUACUGAUGGGACAAGUAAGUCCGACGACAGGAGAUCCAUACGUCUGCAUCGGCACAGGGGGUGUUGGCACUGCUGGCUGCCAUUAGCAUCCAAGCAAUGUGUGGAACAAAAACUAACCUAUAAUUGUUUUGUAAAACCUUGCAUAAUGCUGUCACGAAAAUAUACACAGGUUGUAUUAUUUUGUGCUCUUAGCGGGGUACACACGUCCUGCAGGGGAAGCACCCUUCAUGCGCUAACGAAAACGAGUUGGGGAUAUAUACAAUAUAGCAAAGCUAUAG